AUGCGCUUGACCGCUGUUAUCAUCACCGGUGCUGCGGCUCUUCUUGUCCAGGGUCAAGAAGUCUACAUCGUAGGCACUUCUGAUGCAGCUCAACCAACGAGCGGUGCGGCAAAACCGAAUGCCAACAAGCCUUCGUACUAUUUCCAACCGUUUUCCUACACACUCACCAGUACCGUAAGAUAUGCGGCGUCAUUGCCUGCGCCGACAUCCACGCCCACGACCAUCUAUGGUCCCCGGUAUUCGGACGCCGUCAAACUCCUAAACACCAGCCUAUCGACGACAACGUACGGCAGCUGGCUCCCCGGUCAAACCGCCAUCUCGGCUACAGACACUGACGACAUCUAUGGCCAAGCCGCUUGGUCAUCCAUGUGGCUCAGCGCCAACAUGCCCAACUACACAACCACCGGACUGUACUCGACCACUGUCAGCGAGCCCCGUUCCCACCGAAGAGCUCGUGGCUCCGCGCAGGAGUACUUCUUGGCCCAGGAUUCCCAGCUGGAAGUGGUCAUGACCCCAGACCAAGCCCAGGCCCAUACGACGCUCGAGAACUACUUCCUGUACAAACAGGACAUUGAGCGCAUCGCUGCCAUGGGCGUAAAGUACUACAGCUUCUCCAUCUCGUGGUCGAGGAUCCUGCCCUUUGGCCGCGCCGGAUCACCCAUCAACAAGCAGGGCCUGCAGCACUACGACGACUUGAUCAACUACGUCCUGGAGAAGGGCAUGGUGCCCGUGGCUACCAUGCUCCAUUUUGACACCCCGUGCGCCUUGAUCAAGACGGCCAACGGAUCGGGAAUCGAGGUGCCAGAUCUUCACUUCGACAACAUGGGCUUCUGGAACGAACAUUUUGUCGAAUCCUUUGUAAACUACGGCAAGAUUCUCCUGGCACACUUUGCGGACCGUGUGCCCAUGUGGGUGACGGUCAACGAGCUGAUGAUCAACACCUUCAACUUUACGGGCUUCGACAACGUGGUUCACGCUCACGCGCAGCUCUACCACUUCUACCACGACGACCUCAAGGCCACGGGCCAGAUGGGAUUCAAAUGGAACGCCAACUUUGGCCUGCCCAGGAAUCCUCGCGACCAGGCCGACGUCGAAGCCGCGAACCGGUUCAACGCCAUCCAGCUGGGCACCUACGGCAACCCUGGCCCUCGGCGAGUGACGAGGAGCUGGCCUACAUCGGCGACACGACCGACUUCUUCGGCCUGGACCCCUACGGCAACCGUCAUCUCGCCACCGCCUGGCGGCAUCGACGCCUGCGUCCGCCAGGGGCCGAGCCAUCCCCUGUUCCCCAGCUGCGUGGUCGAGUCCCAGGUCGACGUCCACGGCUGGAACGUCGGCUACCGCGCCCAGACGUACGUCUACGCCACGCCCGAGUACAUCCGCUCCUUCCUCUUCUACGCCUGGAACACCUUCCGCAAGCCCAUCGUCGUCGGCGAGGUUGGGUACGCAAUCUUCGCCGAGUCCCAGCGCCAAAUGCCCGACCAGCGCUUCGACUCGCCCCGAAGUCAGUUCUACCUGUCUUACCUGUCCGAGAUGCUCAAGUCGAUCCACGAGGACGGCGUCAAUAUCCUCGGUGCUUUCGCCUGGUCCUUUGUCGACAACUGGGAGUUGGGCGAUUUCCGCCCGCAGUUCGGAAUGCAGGCGGUGAACCUAACCACGCAGCAGAGGUUCUACAAGAAGAGUUUCUUUGAUCUGGUGGAUUUCAUGGCGUCUAGGAAGGGAUGGGAUAUUGAGCACCCGGUCGGUGCCGAGCAUCUAUCUAUCUAG